UAACGGAGAGACGACGCGCCGGAAAAACUACAGCAGCACUGCGAGCAGCGAGCAGCGGGGUAAACAUCACUCGAGAGCCGGUGUUCGCGCUCUCUCGUCCCAUCUCAGACCGGGGCUGCAGCGGGCCCCUGCGGCGGGACCUCCGGAGUCACAGGAGCCCUGCGAGCAGCAGCUUGUGCGCGCGCCGUGAGCGUUUUGGCCUGGUGAACUCGGCUCCCUACCGACGGGCCCAGCUAGCGCUUAGCCUGGAGCUCACUUUUCUCUAGCAGCAGCAAAACAAGGAAUGAGUGAUGACCUCUGUGGUGGUGUCCGACGGUGGAGGGAACAUCGUGGAGUAUGUCACUGUGGUGGAGGAGGCCCAGCAGCAGGCCGCUGAGGAGGAGGAGGACGACGAGGAGGUGAUCCAGCAGGAGGUGGAGACGGUGAUCGUGGGGGAAGACGUGGAGGAGGAGGAGGGCGGCGUGGUGCUGCAGGAGGAGGAGGAGGAGGAGGGCUGCCCGGCCGUCAUCGUGGAGGAGGUGCCCAGCGCCCAGGUGGAGGAGUGUUACUCCGCCCAGGUGCUGGUCUACGACGACGGGACCUACCUGAUGCAGGAUGUGGCCGAGGAGCAGGAGGUGGUCACAGAGGUGGCCGAGACAGUUGAGAUGUCCAGUCAUGACAUGGUGUGUUUCGACAAGACGUUUGAAGCUGCUGAAGCUCUCCUCCACAUGGAGUCUCCUGGAGGGCUGCACAACGAGCGCAGCACAGCAGACGACGUGAUGAUGGAGACGGUGGUGGAGGUGUCCACCGAGUGCGGCCCCAUAGAGGAGGAGUCCUUCCCCAUCCCUCCGGAGUGUGAGCCUGCCGCCAAGAAGAAGAGAGGAGGGGGGCGGAAACCCAAAACACACCAGCCUGCUUCAAACGGUUCCUUCGACCUGGGCAUCAAGAAGCGAUCGAAAGAGGGAAAAGGUAACACCACCUACCUGUGGGAGUUCCUGCUGGAGCUGCUGCAGGACAAGAACACCUGUCCCAGGUACAUCAAGUGGAUGCAGCGCGACAAGGGCAUCUUCAAGCUGGUGGACUCCAAGGCCGUGUCCAAGCUGUGGGGCAAGCACAAGAACAAGCCUGACAUGAACUACGAGACCAUGGGCCGGGCGCUGAGGUAUUACUACCAGCGCGGCAUCCUGGCCAAAGUGGAGGGUCAGCGGCUGGCCUACCAGUUCAAAGAGAUGCCCAAAAACAUCCGGGUGAUCGAGGACGACGAGGGCGAGGACGCGGACGACGGCGAGGCCUUAGUGUCCCCCCAGUACCUGGCUCACCAGCAGGGCCCCGCCAGCCUGGGCGCCACCUCCCCCGCCGCCUCCCAGCCGCCGCAGACCUACGUGACCGUCAUCCCCAGCAGCGCCGCCAGCAGGCCCAUCCGAGCCAUGCCGGUGGUCAUGGCCAACUCCCUGGGCCAGGUGACGUUAAACUCCUCCCCCAUCCUCACCGCCGCCGCCGGGGUCCCCGUGACGGUGGCCAACGCCUCGGGCGGCGCCGCCCCCAAGCUGGUGAUCCAGGCGCUGCCCGCCAUGCUGCCGGCCGGCUCCAAGGCGGGCGAGAAGAUCACCAUCAUCACCAUCCCGGCCAACCAGCUGGCCACGCUCAUGCAGGCCGGCCCGGGAGGCCCGGUCACGCAGCUCAUCCAGGCCAAGCCGCUGACCGCCACGCAGCUCACGCCGGCCGCCAUCAAGACGGCCGCCGCCGUGCAGCUGGGCGCCGGCCGCCCGGCGCCGCAGCUCAUCCUGGCCAAGCCGGCGGCGGCGGUGGCUCAGCCGCUGCCGCAGCUCCCCGUCCAGCCCAAAGCCCCCGGCGCCCGGCCCCACGCCGCACAGUCGGAGGCUCCGCCCCCCUCCAGCCCGCCAGCAGCAGAAACCCCGUCGUCCUGAGAGCCCCGCUCCCACCGGGGCCCGGGGCGGGGGGGCCACGGGAAGUGACUGGACACUGCCCCCUCGCCUCGCCGCGGCGCCGUGUGACGGCAGCGGCGGGGGCCGGGAGCGGCCCCUCCCCCGCCGGCCUGCUGCGGACUGACACGCACGGCGCCGCAGACUGUACAGGAAGCCUUUUGUAAGACGAGCAGACUGUAAACAGACGUGUACAAAGCUUUUUGAUACGGGGGGUCAGGCCACAUGUAGUCUCUGUCUUCACACUCACCGCCACUCUUCUCUCCUUUUGUUACUCGCUCCUCCAGCGGGGGGCCGACACGUCUGCCGCAGGAGACGCCCAGCUCCACUUUUGAAGUAUAAUAUCCUAUUUUUUCUUGUACUAUCCGUGUAUUGAAGUAGAUUUUAAUGAAAUGUGUAUUAUAAAAAAAGACGUCAAUCAAACCUGUCUGA